UUUCUUUUAAUUGCCUUCAUUUGUCUGUCACUGCUUUGUCCAAACUGUGGCUCAACACACCGUGCAUCCCCUCGCACCACUGCUGGUGGUCACACACUGAUCUGCCARGAUGACUUCAUGUCUGUUUACAUCCCAAAACAACCCUUUUACAACUUUCCAUCCACCAUCUAUGUUCAAGAUGAUGACCGUGGAUAUUACCGACUCACUUCCAUCGCAGAACACUGCCACUACUCCCUGCAGGAAACACACCUCUUCAUUGUCCUYACCGUGGCUUCCACUGGUUGUUUUGUGAAAAGACGGAAGUCCUCGACGAGCCUCACAGUCGUCAUCGUGGCUCCUGCAGGCCAGGGCCCGCCGAGGAUCGUCCAGUCAUUACGUCUGGUCUGUGGAAGGAGAACAAAAGAGCCAAGCACGUUUUACUUUCCGAGAGAGUCGAGGCAGUAUUUCUGCAACAAAAAUGGCUUCAACAUAACCAUCCCCAGGAACGCUGCUGCCCUGCCUCUGAACCUGGAUACAGUCUGGGUCACAUCGGACCAAAACCGCCGUUGUUUCCCCCAAAAGAGAUCCAAAGACGCCGUCACUUUCAGCUUCCCAUACACUGACUGUGGCACUCAGUUCAUGAUUGCAGACGGGAACAUCACCUACUGGAUCAACAUCAACAUUAAACCACAUUCCCUGAAAGGAGUCAUUUUCCGUCAAACUCCGUUCCAGCUGACUGUACGGUGCACCUUUGCGCUGACUCAAAUAAGUCACCUGGACAUCACCGUUGAACGAAACAAACCUGAUUACCUGUCGACGCUGAAGAACAAAGGGACACUGKGGACUGAAAUGAGGUUUGCCAAAGAUUCCUCCUACAGAUCAUUUUAUUCCUCCAGCAGUGCUCCAGUAGUGAUGGAGCUGGACCAGCCCGUGUAUGUGGAGGUGUUUGUUGUCAAACACCAGAACAAAGACCUGGCUCUGCUGCUCGAGGACUGCUGGGCCACACCGACUGAGGACCCCCAUGACCCACAGAGGUGGAACCUAAUGGUUAAAGGGUGUCCCUUCACCGGUGAUAACCCCAGAACUGUUGUGCAGCCAGUCUCCAGUAAGGAAACAUCAAACCCCUGCCUUCACAAAAGGUUUGUUGUUAAGCACUUCUCUUUUGUGAAGUCUCCAACAUCUGAAAACCAGGUAUAUUUCCACUGUAACAUAGAGAUCUGUAAGGGACCGGACUGCUUCCAACACUGCAGCGAUGAAAAGCCUAAACUGAGAGGAACCCCACCAGGAAAAGGGCAGAGCAUUUCAUCCAGCACUGUUUCAAAUGGACCUCUUCUCUAUCAGCUGUGAAUAUAGACGAAGAACAACUUUGUCAUUUUGCAAUGACUGAAAUAGCUCCACAAAGAAUUGCUGUUUUAAAACAUUAAAAACACAUCUAAAACUUGG